AUGGUGCUGUUUCAGGAAGACCUGCCGCCCCACGAGGGCGCCAACGAUGCCAACCGGCGGCGCGCCGCGCGGGUGCUGGCGACCCUGGAAGCCAUCGACAACCGGUUCCUCGGACCCGACCGGAAGCCCUUCGCGCUCACCUCCCCGGCAUCCUAUGACCUGACGGAAUUCAGCCGCACCGGCCGCAAACGCUUUCCGCACGUACCGUGUCUCAACGAGCCCGAGCGGGCGUUUCGCGCCAUCCGCGCGGUCAUGGACUACCGCAGGAAUGCCCGGGAGGCCGAGCCGGUGACGGCGCAGCCCCUGCCGGAUUCCUUGACGGCCCGCGUCGAAAUACUCAGAGAACGGUCCGCAGGGUCCACCGCCGCCUUUCCCCUCACCGAGCCGGACUCCAAGGAGCUGGUGGGGGCCUUCGGGAUUCCCCUGAUCGAGGAAGGACUGGCGCGCACCGAGCAGGAAGCGCAGGACAUCGCCGAGCGCAUCGGCUUUCCGGUGGUGGUCAAGGGAGUGGCCGCGAACCUCACGCACAAGAGCGACGCCGGGGCCGUGCGCGUCAAUGUGGGCGACGCGGCAGGAAUCCAACAGGCCUGCCGGGACAUCGUGCGCAACGUAGCGGCCUACGACCCGGACAUCCGCCUGGACGGAUGGCUGGUGGCAAGGAUGGCCCCGGCCGGGCUCGAGCUGGUGCUGGGAAUGCAGCGGGACCCGGAGAUGGGCCCCGUGGUGAUGUUCGGGGCCGGCGGGGUAUGGCUGGAGCUCAUGAAGGAUGUGGCGUUCGGGCCGCCCGGGUUGAGCCGCGACGGCGCGGCCCGACUCAUCGACUCCACCCGCAUCGGCCGGCUGCUGGACGGGAUACCGCGGUGA